GUGGGUGUCAUACGGCUAAAAGCUGAAAGUCGAGUCUCAUCUCACUUUUGCAUAAUGGCUUUCAAGAGAGUAAAAGAAGAAGACCUUGAAAUCGUUGAAGACAUCAGAUGUAAUGAAGACAUAGCUGUUUGUCCUGGAGAAGAAUGGCAGAAGCACAGAAUUAAAGUUCCCAAAAAACUAAAAAUCAACUUUUUGAAAAAAAACCUCAAUAGAAAAUCUCAAUUUGAAGCUCCUCUCACACCCACACAUCUGUUAGCGGACUUUGAGAUGACCGAAGAUAUAGCAGAUUCCCAUGGUGAUUGUCAGAAACGCAAAAUCAAAAUAUUUGACAAAUUGAAAACGUUUAACUUCAGGAAACAUCAGAAGAAUUCAAAAUCCCAUGAAUCAGAAGCAGACCUUACGACUGUUAAAGGCACAGCAGAUUUGCCUGGUAAUCCAGGCAAAAAGCACGAAAUGAAAGCAUCUGACAAACUUAAAAAUGUAUUUGUCAUGAAACGGCAGAAGAAUUCAAAAUCCUGUGAAACUCCAUCAGUGUACUACAUAGGAAUUAAGAUUGUUGGGUUAAACUUACAAAAAAGCCUCUCACAUAUUGCACUGAACUUGGAUUUAAAAGGGAACCUUGAUCAGAGCCAUGUGGAAGCAGAGGAACAUCUAUUCAGUUCAACUGAAGUGGCCAGCGCAGAAGAUAAGGACUGUGAGAUUUUCCGAUUGAGGAUGGCCAUUUAUGACUCUUUCAGUGAGGACAACCAGGAGACACUCAAGAGUGCUUUGACUUCAGUGCUUCAAGAGAAGACUCAGGACCAGUGCUGGAGUGAAGCAGCUGUGGACGAGUGUCCAAUAUGGAGUCCUGAGAAGUGCAGACAGAUCAAGACACUACUCAAGAUUGUCGUGGAACAACGAAUGAAGAAUGCAAAUGAAAGGGAGAAUAGAGCAGACAAGCUGUCUACCUCCUUGAAGAGAGAGGUGUGCCGAAUGGGCAAACAAGUUCAGAAAGACCUACUCAGAGUGGUCCGAAAUCUGAGAGAGUGUUACCCACCAGACUUUGACAUCUGCAGGACGUAUGCUCAGCUCUACCAUGAAGCCUUUUCCACCAGACUCCAGGAGCUUGCCAGAUCCAAAGUCAGUUCUGAGGAAUGCCUCUAUAUAUUGAGUUGGAUUGUGGAUUACUACCCAAAUGAUGUAUUAAAGCACAAAGAAUUAGAGGAGCACAUCAACAGUUCAUCACUUGGACCUCUGUUACCUGAAGAAGAUCUUAAGAGAUUAGAAGAACAGUACUUCACAUACAAAGAGAAUGAAGUCAGAAAGUGGUUAUUCACUGCUCUUGAGAAGGAAGUGAAGAAAUGGAGUGAUGGCAUCCAACCAGAGCUGAUGGAUGGAUACUACUGCAGUAACCUUGCUGUAGAUGUUUUACCGCUUGUUGAUAUAACUGUGAGUGAGGUCAAAGCACUUUUAAGAUGUGAAAAUAAAACCUGGUGUCUUCUAAACCAGCUGGAUGGCUUUCUAACAAGCUAUAAGAAAAGUCUGGAGGAACUUGUCAAAAGAAAACAAAAACACAUUCCUAAAACUCUCAAUGCUAAUCUGGUUGACAUUCACCAGUUUAGGGACUAUGUACAAAAACCAGAACAUCCGUUUUCAGAGGACACCAGAACAGCUUGCCUGUCCACAUUAGCAGAUCUCAAAAACAUUUGUCACACAUACUUCCUCAGUCGAAUUCACAAAGAACUGAAGCCGUUGUACCGUAAGCUGUGGACUCAAGUUUGGUUUGCUGGACAUCGUGAGGUUGUGGAGGAGUUGGUGAAGGCACUUGAGAAUAGCAUAGACCAUUUUAAAGAGCUCAAGCCUGUCUGCAGAGAGGAGCUGCUGGCUGAGCUACAUGUAGAUGUAAUGGUUGAGUAUGUGAGGCGAAUGAUGAAGAGAAAACUGAAACUGGAAGACAAAGAGCAGCAAGAAGCAGCUGCUGAGUUCAUUUGCCACAACAACAAUAAAAUCUGCUCUGUUUUUGCCAAAGUGGGAUCCAGAGAAGAAUGGCUCUGUCAAAUACUGCCAAAAUUAUCGGAGAUUCUAAGACUGCAGGAUCUUGGGAGUUUGCAACUUGAGGUAGUUACUCUGGCAAGAGACUAUCCUGACAUUAGUGAGCAGCAUAUUCUUGCUCUCCUAAACCUGAAGACCAACCUUUCAUUCUCAGAUGUGUGCAGGAUCGAAGGGUGUCUGAGUGAAAACAGAGGCACACUGGGCACUGAGUCCUCCACUUCCUUCUUCUCUAAAGUAUUCAUCGAAUACCAGGAUACCAGCUGUGUGUCCUGUUACAAAUGAAAACUAAUUGAUGUUAUUCUUUUACAGCUUUCGCAGAUGGUUUUACACAGGGUCCAAAAACAGUCCAUUUUGACUAUUUGUAAUUUUACGUGUUUUUUUUUUUUUUUUUGAGUGAUUACCUCUAUGUAUUGGCAUCGCAGAACCAUCAGUAUUUUUAUUUAGUUUUAUUUUACUUUUAACCACAAAGCCAUUAACAAAUUUUGGUUACAUGGACAUUUAUAGAAACCACAAUAUCUCAGCUCAAAAAACAAAAAAACAAAA